AUGUUUUUCUCCCCGCGCCCCACUUCUCCUCUCCUCGUCCACAACUCCCUCCCCUCUCCCCCUCCCCUCGGCCCUCGCCGUGUCUCUUCUCGCUCUCGCCUCCACCUGCCCUCCAACCUCAAUGAUCCCCCGAUCCCUCCUCGCCUCAUCGGCUCUCCCCUCCUCGACAAGCUCACCGCCCCCGAGUCCGGUGCACUCACCUCGAACAUUCAGAAGCAGCUCUGGUUCGAUGGAGACGAGUUCGGGACGCGCGCAGCCGCCACCGCCUCCCAGGUGCAAACCCCCCCUCCCUUCACUCUCUCCCUCCCGUCCCCUCCAAGCACCCCUCGGAGCCCGAGGCACCGCCGCACCGCUUCCAUGAUCGACUGCCGUCCCCCGAGCAAGUCGCGCUCGCGCUCUCCUCCCCCUCCGAGCCUCCUCAUGGUCUCUAUCCCGCCCGUGCCGCCCAUCCCUUCCUCCGCCUUCAACAGCCCCGGCGCCAAGCGCUCCGUCCUCCGCACUCCCCCCGCGACGCCUCGCUCGCGCGCGAUGCAGAUCGUCAUCCCCGACCUUGACGACCCCGCCCCGGAGACGCGCGCCGACCGUCGCGCCCGCCGCGCCUCGCGCACGUAUCCUGUCACCAGCCCGCGGAGGCGCACCGCCGGCCCUGAGGCUCACUGA